AUGAUUGUUCCUGACCAUUCAGCAAAUCCUUUCCACAUGUCUGGAGAUGUGGAUUUCUUCUUGCUCAGAGAACAGGAGCGGAAUAAGUCUCGUGCAGAGCGGGAGCAGAAGACGACCCUGCAGGUGCACCAAAAGAUGACUUACUCGUCCAAAGUGUCGGCCAAGCACACCAGCCUGCGUCGGGAGCUGCAGCUGGAGGACGAGAUGCAGGACCAGGAGAUGCGCGCCGAGGCGGAGCGGCUGCGCGCCUUCCACGACAACACGGCGUGGAAGCUCCACAUGACCAAAGAAAGGAAGAUGGAAUCUGAUAACAUGAACAACUACCUUAAUCAGAAGCGGCAGAUGUUCCUUAUCCAGCACGCCCUGCACAGGAAGCGGAGCGAGGUCCAGCGGCUAGAGAUGCUGGCGGCCAAGGAGGAGGCGCAGUUGGAGCAGGCUGAGAAGUCCCUGGAGAAGGACGCAGCCUUGUUCGACGAGUUUCUCCGGGAGAAUGACCGCAGCUCCGUUCAGGCCCUGAGAGUGGCUGAGAAGGAGACCAAAGCAAAGGUGGAGAAGAUCAUUGAGAUCCGGGACCUGACCACCCAGAUCAUGAACAUCAAAAGUGAAAUCUCCAAAUUUGAAGACACUCUGCAGCAUUACAAGAUCUACAAGGACUUCCUAUACAAGCUGUCGCCUAAGGAGUGGUUGGAAGAAAAGGAGAAGAAGCACCUGGAUCUCAAAAAGACCAAGGAGGGCACCAAGCCCCUGAAAGAGAACAUUUUACUCUCCACAAUAGGGGACAAAGGACCAGGGAACAAGGGCAAAACAAGCUCCAAAGAUGGGCAAGGCCCAAAGAAACCCUGGAAGUUCCCGCAGGUGGCCCGGCCAGGGCGGCUCCUAUCCAGCACCAUGAGCCUCCAGCAUAGCAGCCAGCCCAGCAUGAGUAGCGGGCUAGACCCCAAAGGGUCAAGCUCUAUCUCCACUAUGUAUGAGGAUCCAGACAGCGACGGGGAGGAGCUGGAGCUGUAUUUCACAGAGCCCCAGCAGCUCCUGGACGUCUUCAUGAAGCUAGAGGAACAGAACCUCUCACUCAUCCAGAACACACAGGAGAUGGAGGAGGCCCUGGAUGAUCUGAACUUCACCCUGAAAAACACCCAGAUUCGCAUGGACAGGGAGGUCAACCAGCUGAAGCAGUGGGUCACCACACUGAUGAUGUCCAUCACCAAGGAGGAGGAGAUGGCUGCCGAGCUGGAGCUCAAAGCCCGAGUCUUCCACUUCGGCGAGUACAAGGGCGCUCAAGAGGACAAGCUGCUGGAAAGCCUGAACCGCAAGGUGCUGGAUGUGUACCAGCACUGCAUCGGCACCCAGCAGGAGUCCAACCUGGGCACCGUGCACAUGCUGACCGUCAUUGAGCACCACCUGCACGAGCUGCUUGAGAACCUGGAGCGCGUACCCCAGAUCAAGAUCGAGGAGGCCGAGAAGGCCAAGGAGAAGGAGCGCCGCAUGAGACUCCGGGAAGAGAAGGUCUUGAUGCAGAAGCGGCUGCAGGAGGAGCGUCUGCAGCGGGCCCAGGCCCGGGCCCAGGCUGAGAUCAAGAAGAAGAGGGGCAGGAGACUGGUGAGUCGCUCCCGGCCCCCAGCUCUCAAAGCAAAGGAGGAGCCUGAGCACGUGGUGGUAGACAAGGACAAGGAGGAGGAGCUGCUGUUCUUCACCUAG